CCGAGGUGUAAUUUUUCUUUCUCACUACGGUUCGGAUGUAAAUCCUGCGGAAAGAUGCGUAUAAAAGUGGAAGUUGUCCUCACCAGUGGUUCCGACGGUGUGUUCUAUCCCGGACAGGAAGUGAUUGGAGAGGUGAUUGUGGGGUUGACCAAGACGAUUAAGGUUUCGCGCGUGAAGUUGCUCAUUUGCGGUGUCGGGAAGACGGAAUGGAGUGAGGCUAAUGGGAAUGGUGCGAGAUUUUUGAGUCUGGAACAAUUCCUGUUUCAAGCCAAUGAUACGGCAUCGAGUACAGUGUACAGCGGCAAGGAGCGGUACCUUUAUUCGGAACUGGUGCUGUGUCAAGUGAAUGAUUUCAUGCAAUCUGGUGGAUAUUCGUAUGGAUUCGCUUGUCCCCUCCCGAAAACACUACCAGCCUCGUUCGAAGGUAACGAUGGACACAUUCGAUAUUCCCUCACGGCUACCUUGGAGCGACCUUGGAAACACUCCAAAUCACACUCACUCAACUUUCAAGUGUCCCGACAGCUCGAUAUAAGUAACGAAAUUCUUCUACCUCUCAAAGCAAACUACGCGAAAACACUUGGCUGUUGGCCAUGUAUGUCGGCAGGAUCUCUAUCGAUGUCUGUGCAGCUGACAACCAACGGAUUUGUUCCCGGUCAGAUAAUCCCGGCGCUGGUAAUAGUCGACAGCAGACGAAACGUAAAAAUUCGCAAAAUCACAACCGUCCUAAUGCAGAAAAUCUCAUACACUGCUCACUCACCGAAACGGCGCCAACGGAUCGAAAGUACGAUGAUCUGCAGAAAUGUGUCACCGGGAAUCACUCUACCCGAAGGUGGUGUGCUGGCAGAGGAUAAUCUCCAGGUGCCGUACGUACUGCCAUCGACCAGCAGCGGUUUCUCGAGAAUCAUCAAAGUAGCCUACGAACUGAGGGUAACGAUGGAAAUUGACACCUGCUUUCUGCAGGAUCCUAUCGUGACACUGACCAUUCCGAUUGUGAUCGGAACGCUGUCCGAACGUGACUCGGAAUUGUCGGACAACGAAUCCGUACACGUUUGGUCCUUGAAGUCGGAUAACUAGUUCGUAGGUGCGUGUAUGGCGUUUCGAUCGGCUGAGAAGGC